CGUUGUUGACGAAGGCGACAUGGGCGGCAAGAAACCGAUGAACGUGCAGCACAACCGAGGCACGUGGAGCCACUUUCCAUCGCAUCACCAUGCGACUGCAUCUCCGAUGGCCCACGAUAGCUACGCGCUCUCCAAUACCGGCGGUGGCAUGCUGGGCCACUCGACAGGCCUCGCGUAUGACGUCGGUCUCCUCGACUUGGGGCCGCACCCAUCGCCAUCUGUCGGCGGCGCGUUGCAUGGCGUUCCAGGCGGUGCGUUGCAUGGCGCGAUUGGGUCGACGCGGUCGUCGUCGGCGUUUUACGCGGAGGAACAUGACACACAGGAUAUUGACAUGAAGGUCAUGGAACUGGUCGAUGUCAUCGGAAUGCGCAUGCGACGUCAACUAAAGCCAAUGGUGCAAGCCACGUCGGCGGGCAGAUGCUCAUGCAGCGACGACGUUGCUGCGCUUCAGUCGACUGUUGCCGCCAUGCAGCAGCAGAUCCAGCAGCUAUUGCAGGAACGCGACAAGCCGGCCACUCCCGCCGUCGACCAAGCCGCGUCCCCCACCGUCAGCGCGCUGUCCGACCGUGUGUCCACGUUGGAAGGGCGGCAAUCAGCGUUUCAGUCGCAAAUGGCGCAGCUGUGCAAAUCUCUCGGCACAGUUCCCACGGGCAAGAAUGCGGCGGGGAAGCCAGGCGGCAUUGCAUUGCCCAAGCCGCUGCUUCAAGAGCUGCGCGAUGAAUUUGACCAAAAGCUGGCGGCGGCCACAGUCAAGCUCGAGACGGCCAUGAACAAACAGAUGAGCAGCGCCAUGUCGAGCAUGGAGCAGCACAUUUUGAACGACAUUGGAGGUUGCGCAAAACAACCUGAUGGCGGCGUCUCUCACACUGCUGCCACACUAGGUCGAUUCAAAUCCAUGACAGCGAUGCAAUACGAUGACAUCCUGAGCCUUGUCGCGAGUGAGACCGACAUGGGCGUUCAAAACACCAAGCAGUGGUUCGAAGACCGAUGUGCCCAAGAAGCCAAGCACCGAAUGGGCUUGGAAGCGCGGAUGAUGGGGCAAUUUGAUGCGCAUGCGGAAUGGCUUCAGCAGCUCGAGGGGCUGUGCGGCUCGUGGCAUGCGAGCCAGACACAAGUGGAGUCGCUAGCGACACAAGUCGCCCAACUUCAGAAGAAAGCGGCAUCGACUAACACGGCAACGUCACCGGGGAACCAUGCACAGGCCUUAUCAACGGAUAGAAUGUUGCACCAGAUACAGACGCAGAUGAAGCACGUGAUGCAAGACACAAAGAAUGCGAUCGAGAGCGUCGCCUUGAUGGAAACCCGCGUGAUGCAAGCGGCCGACGCGAGUGACGAGUCCAAGAAAAAGGUCGCGGGGUUACAGAAACUAGUGGAGAAGAUGAUGCGCGACCAGGGAUCGGUUGAAAGCAUGCUGCAGCAAUAUGUUAGCACCAUCACGCACCAAGUUGCGAGCGUCACAAGGCAAUACGUGUCGGUGCGCAUCCGAGACAACAACCGCCUUUUGGACGCGACCCUUCGUGCGCGAAUCCCUGCAUAUGUUGAGAACGAGCACGAAAACUUCAUGCUCGUGCGGCCGAACACCAACUCGUCGAUGCAAGGAUCGAACAAGGCAACUCCAGAACUGGACGUGGAAGAAGCUGUGGUGCUUCGGGACAGCGGCGGUCGAGACACGGCCGACGCGCUGUUGCAGAGCGUGUUGAAACUGGAAAUCGACCACACGUAACUGCAACAAUGGAUACCCUCUAUAAAUCCAUACCAGAUCGCCUCUAGCUCGGAUGUUUUGAUAACCUCUUUAAAUAUAUACCUUGUACAAGUUA